UCAAUUGCACUUUGGAGAGAUCGAAAAAUAGAAAGUUUAGACCUUUGAAACGUAAACAGAGCCUAGGGCUCGAACUCAAAGUUCUAUCUCUCUCGCGAAGACGACUGUCUCUGGCGAUUUCGACAUCCGACGAGCUCCAACAAAAUCCGGCCAACUCAACCUCAUCUCUGUUUCGAAAUCCUCCGGACUAGCUCCAACAAAAUCCCGCCAACACAACCUCAUCUCUGUUUCGAAAUUGAAGCUCUGAACUUCAACGGGUUCACGAGAGGAGCAAAGCAGAUUAAGUGAAAGACUGUCCUCAAGGUUACUUAUUCUGGAAUGGUUGGUUGUAGACUGCCAGCAACAUGUGUGAAAAUUUGCUGAUUAAAACCUUGAGGUUUGUUGCUCAUUUGGGUAUGCUAUUUCAUUUAGAUGCCUGACUAUGUGGAUCCUCUUAGCAAUUUCAUUGAGUCUGCUCGGCAAUGUUGGUCCUUUUUGAGUGGAUUCAUUUGCCGCUUAACUUCAAGACCUUGUACGGACCUGGUUGGCUCCACAUUUGGUAGUUCUUCUAAAUUGGUUAUAGAAAGGAAAAUUCACAAUUCAGCUGUUAUGGCUGCGAUGGAUCCUAUAAUUUUAACUUCAUCAGAUAGUGAAUUGGAGGAUUGGGAUCUAGAAGAUUAUGGACAACAAGAUGCUUCACCGCCUAGGAGCUCUUCUGCUUCUGCCGCUCCUAGGAUUCUUCCAGAUUGGGCAUCUGAAUGUGGCACAAGCACAAGAGGCUACGAUGGACCACCUCAGAAGGAUCCUUUUCCUAAAAGAGCAUCUGCUUCGAAUGGAUUCUCGUCAAAUGUUAACCACCAUGCACAGGCUAAACUCCAGAUGCUUCCUAGUCCUACUGACGAUAUUAGAUCUACAGAUUUGCAGACAGUUUGGGUUCAGAAAUCUAAAUAUUCCACAGAUAAUGAUUAUGGAAAAUCUUCAUCCCAACAAGCUCUGAAGAGGGUCCUUCCAUCAUCCCUGCGACCAUCUAUGCCUAGUGCCAGAUCUAGCAAUUUAAUAGAGAAUGCAGAAAGCAGUCAGAUUAGCAGUGCUAAUGGAAAAUCUUCUUAUUCUGAGCGGCCAAAUCUAACCAACAACAAAAACUACAUGAAAGACCAUUUUGGGAGGGGUGGUGACGAAGAAGUUAUGAUGUACGAAACCAGUGGAAAUAGGAUACUUCCUCCAUCUUUGAUGCAUGGCAAGUCUGUUUCAACUACACAAUAUUUUAGUUCAAAUGAUCCUGGUUAUCGUUCUGGGAUAAGUGAUGAUAGGGCUGCAGGAAAUGAUGAGAGACUAAUUUAUCAAGCCGCUUUGCAGGAUCUUAACCAACCUAAAAUUGAGGCUUCUUUACCUGAUGGCCUUUUGUCAGUCUCUCUUCUAAGACACCAGAAAAUUGCAUUGGCAUGGAUGCUUCAGAAGGAAACAAGAAGUUUGCACUGUUUGGGUGGAAUUCUGGCGGAUGAUCAGGGCCUUGGUAAAACCAUCUCAAUGAUUGCCCUUAUACAGAUGCAGAAGUCUUUACAGUGUAAAUCUAAAUCAGAAGAUUUAUUCAAUAAGAAAACUGAAGCCUUGAAUUUGGAUGAUGAUGAUGACAAUGGCAGCUCUGCUCCCGAUAAAACCAAGAAGACUGGAGAAUCUAAUGACCUUAAGUUGAUUCCGGAUGUGAGUCCUUCUGUACGGGAAUUCCGUCGACGGAGACCUGCUGCAGGUACAUUGGUUGUGUGUCCAGCAAGUGUUCUUCGACAAUGGGCCAGGGAGCUGGAUGACAAGGUUGCAGACGGAGCUAAACUUUCUGUCUUAAUCUAUCAUGGAAGCAAUAGGACGAAGGAUCCUGUUGAACUAGCAACGUAUGAUGUGGUUCUCACAACAUAUGCUAUUGUGACCAAUGAAGUUCCCAAGCAACCUUUGGUUGAUGAAGAAGAUGAUGAUCAAAAAGAUGGGGAGAAGUUUGGAUUAUCUACUGAAUUCUCUACGAAUAAAAAGCGGAAAAAGACGUCUAACAUUAAGAAGAGGGGAAAGAAGGGUAAAAAGGGACUCGAUAGCUCUGCUAUCGAUUGUGAUAGUGGUGCGCUUGCAAGAGUGGGUUGGUUUAGGGUGAUACUAGAUGAAGCUCAAACAAUAAAAAAUCACAGAACUCAAGUGGCUAGAGCUUGCUGUGGUCUCCGAGCAAAAAGAAGGUGGUGCUUAUCUGGAACACCCAUACAAAAUGCAAUUGACGAAUUGUACAGCUACUUCAGAUUUUUGAAAUAUGAUCCAUAUGCUGUCUUUAAAUCAUUUUGUUAUACGAUAAAGAUUCCAAUAUCCAGAAACUCACUUCAUGGUUACAAGAAGCUUCAAGCUGUUCUGAGGGCAAUAAUGCUGCGUCGAACAAAAGGCACUUUGAUUGAUGGAGAGCCUAUAAUUAACUUACCACCAAAAACAAUACAUUUGAUUAAGGUGGACUUCUCUGCAGAGGAACGAACCUUCUAUAGAAAACUAGAAGCUGAAUCACGCUCAAAAUUCAAGGCAUAUGCUGCUGCUGGUACUGUGAAUCAAAAUUAUGCAAAUAUCCUAUUGAUGCUUCUGCGCCUUCGCCAGGCUUGUGACCACCCAUUUCUUGUCAAAGGAUUCAAUUCUGACUCUGUCGAAAGGGUUUCCUUGGAUAUGGCAAAAAGUCUUCCAAGGGAUAUGCUGAUCAACUUAUUGAAUCUUUUAGAAACAAACUUGACUAUCUGUCGUAUAUGCAAUGAUCCACCUGAAGAUGCGGUUGUUACUAUGUGUGGACAUGUUUUUUGCCGUCAGUGUGUAUCAGAGUUUUUGACUGGAGAUGACAAUACGUGCCCUGCAUCUGAAUGCAAGGAACAACUUGGUGCUGAUGUUGUAUUUUCUAAGGCUACUUUAAGGAGUUGUAUGUCUGACGAUUUUGAUAGUUAUCCCUCGAGUUCGUUUGAGUUUGCUGAGAAAUCUAUAGUUAUGCAGAGUGAGUAUAGUUCUUCUAAAAUCAGAGCUGCUCUUGAGAUUCUCCAGUCACAUUGUGUAUCGAAGAGUCCAAGUUCAGAACCGUGUAGUUUGGUGCGUUGCAAUGGAAAUUCUGGUUUUAAUGCUGAAAAAGUCACAACAGUACACUUAGACUCACAGGCUGAAGGACCAAUAAAAGCUAUUGUUUUCUCCCAGUGGACUAGCAUGUUGGACUUGGUAGAAUUUUCAUUAAACGAGUCAUGUAUACCGUACAGGAGGCUAGAUGGUACUAUGACUUUGGGUUCAAGAGACAGGGCUGUCAAAGAAUUCAACACUGAUCCCGAGGUGACUGUUAUGCUGAUGUCUUUAAAAGCAGGAAACCUUGGUCUAAACAUGGUUGCUGCUUGCCAUGUUAUCCUUUUGGAUCUUUGGUGGAAUCCAACUACAGAGGAUCAGGCUGUUGACCGAGCACAUAGAAUUGGACAAACUCGUCCUGUUACUGUAUCACGGAUCACUGUUAAGGACACAGUUGAGGAUCGGAUAUUAGCUCUGCAGGAAGAAAAGAGGAAAAUGGUUGCGUCUGCUUUUGGUGAAGAUCAAAGUGGGGGCUCUGCAACUCGUUUAACAGUGGAGGACCUCAAGUAUCUGUUUAUGGUCUGAAAUUCCUUUGAUUAUCUGCACUUGGUUUCUACUAUGCCUUGUUUUUUUUGCUCAGCCGGUUUCUCUAGAAAGGAAAUGAUGUGCAACAGUUAAAAGUGAACCCGAGACCAGAGGAUAUUUUUUGGUAGUAGAAACUAUUGGUGUUGGUGCAUUUGUUUGCAUGAGUCGAAUAGCCCAAACAGCAUUUUUGUUCUUGAUCGAGUGCAGAUAGCGAGCCAACCUCUGCAUGUAAAUAUUUUAUUUAAGUUGUCUAGUUUAACUUCCCUGUUUUUGCUCUCGCCAAACAUAUUUAUGACCAUCGUAGCAUAUGGGUCGGAAGUGGGGUUAUCUGAUGGAGCUUGUCCAUCGGGAGCAACUGUGAUCAUGUGUGUGAACACAAAUUUAUAGACCUACACACAUUUUUUGGCUGGCAUCCUCUCAAUGCAAUGCUACACUGGGGGUCUUGGAUGGAGUGAUUCUGUUGGAUCACCUUGGUUUUUGUUUUUUAAAGACUAAAUUGUUGUUGGGAUGUAUAUUCGAUCAAAUUUAUGUUAACAACCUUUUAGAGCUCGGAAGAUUUCUGACGGCGAUGUGAUUAACUUGUGCUCACCGAAGUUGAUCCAACCGAUUACUCCGUAUUUGCCAAGUUCAAUUGGUUCCCACGAGUUUCUUUUGUUCUGCAAUAUUAUGUAUAAAAUGUUUCGAGGGGAAAGACAUCUGAAUUUCAUGGGUCACAAUUGAUUGAUAUGAUGGCAGUUGAACAAGUAUUGUUAUUGA